AUGUGGAACACCUCUGACACCAACUUCUCCUGCUACCAUGAGUCUGUGCUGGACUAUCGUUACGUUGCUGUGAGCUGGGGUAUUGUGGUGGCUGUGACAGGCACUGUGGGCAAUGUGCUCACACUGCUGGCCUUGGCCAUCCAGCCCAAGCUCCAGACCCGCUUCAACUUGCUCAUUGCCAACCUCACACUGGCUGAUCUGCUCUACUGCUCCUUGCUCCAGCCCUUCUCAGUGGACACCUAUCUGCACCUGCACUGGCGUACCGGUGCCACCUUCUGCAGGAUCUUUGGACUCCUCCUCUUUGCUUCUAACUCUGUCUCCAUCCUUACCCUCUGCCUCAUCGCACUGGGACGUUACCUCCUCAUCGCGCACCCCAAGCUCUUUCCCCGAGUUUUCAGUGCCAAGGGGUUAGUGCUGGCACUGGUAGGCACUUGGAUAAUAGGUGUGGCCAGUUUUGCCCCACUCUGGAAUAUCUAUAUCUUAGUACCUGUUGUCUGCACCUGCAGCUUUGACCGCAUCCGAGGCCGGCCCUACACCACAAUCCUCAUGGGUAUCUACUUUGUGCUUGGGCUCAGCAGUGUUGGCAUUUUCUAUUGCCUCAUCCACCGCCAGGUGAAGCGAGCAGCACAGGCACUGGACAAGUACAAGCUGCGCCAGACAAGCGUCCAUUCCAACCAUGUGGCUGGAACAGAUGAAUCCAUGCCUGGUCAUUUUCAGGAGUUGGACAGCGGGCUGGCAUCAGGCGGGCCCACUGAGGGGAUUUCAUCUGAGCCAGUCAGUGCUUCCACCAUCCAGACUCUGGAGGGAGACUCAUCUGAAGUGGGAGACCAGGGCAAAAGCAAGGUAGCUAAGCAGAUGGCAAAGAAAAGCCCUCCAGAAGCACCAACCAAAACCAGGCCAACCAAAGGAGCCCGAAAAACCCAGGACCCCCCAUCAGAUUUUGGGAAAGUGACUCGGAUGUGUUUUGCCGUGUUCCUCUGCUUUGCUCUGAGCUACAUUCCCUUCUUGCUACUCAACAUCCUGGAUGCCAGAGUCCGGGCUCCCCGAGUUGUACACAUGCUUGCUGCUAACCUCACCUGGCUCAAUGCGUGCAUCAACCCUGUGCUCUACGCAGCCAUGAACCGCCAGUUCCGCCAAGCAUAUGGCUCCCUUUUACGAAGAGGGCCCCAGAGUUUCCACAGGCUCCGUUAG